UGGAGGAGAAGUAGAGGAAAAACCACUGAAUUGAGCUCUGUCAGAGGCGCUUUCGGCUUCCAAGGGGGAAGUGCUGGGCAGUAAUUAAUGUUUUUAUUAAAUUUGGAGGGAAUUUUUGUUGCCGUUCGCCUACCGUGGCCUUCAGUCCCGUUAGGUGCAAAGCAAGUCUCGUUGAUCGCCAUUGCUAGUUUUGCACACGCUUGCGAAUCAGAGCUGCCCAGGCUAUACGGACCGCGCAGGGAAACAUCAAGAGUGUAAACAAAUACAUCGUCUCUAGUUCGGAUUUUUGCUACUGCCGAAAAUAUGUAAAUUGUGGACGCUCUUGGCUUUCUUUGGAACCAGGUUGAUAGACGUCCAGAUCCCGAGGAAAUCUCCAACUAAAUGCUCAAAAUAUAAAAUACUGAGCUGGGAUUUGAGAAGAGCUGCAGAAUGGAUGGAUUUUAUGACCAGCAAGUGCCUUACAUGGUCACCAAUAGUCAGCGUGGGAGAAAUUGUAACGAGAAACCAACAAAUGUCAGGAAAAGAAAAUUCAUUAACAGAGAUCUGGCUCAUGAUUCAGAAGAACUCUUUCAAGAUCUAAGUCAAUUACAGGAAACUUGGCUUGCAGAAGCUCAGGUACCUGACAAUGAUGAGCAGUUUGUGCCAGACUAUCAGGCUGAAAGUUUGGCAUUUCACGGCCUGCCACUGAAGAUCAAGAAAGAACCCCACAGUCCAUGUUCAGAACUCGGCUCUGCCUGUAGUCAAGAACAGCCUUUUAAAUUCAGCUAUGGAGAAAAGUGCCUGUACAAUGUCAGUGCCUAUGAUCAGAAACCACAAGUGGGAAUGAGGCCCUCCAACCCCCCAACACCAUCCAGCACUCCAGUGUCCCCACUACAUCAUGCAUCUCCAAAUUCAACUCACACUCCGAAACCUGACCGGGUCUUCCCAGUUCACCUCCCUCCAUCGCAAUCCAUACAAGACAGUAGCUACCCCAUGGAUCACAGAUUUCGAAGACAACUUUCUGAACCCUGUAAUUCUUUUCCUCCAUUGCCAACAAUGCCACGGGAAGGACGUCCUAUGUACCAACGGCAGAUGUCUGAACCAAACAUUCCGUUCCCUCCUCAAGGCUUUAAGCAGGAGUACCAUGACCCAGUGUACGAACACAACACCAUGGCUGGUGGAACAGCUAGCCAAAGCUUCCCCCCUCCUCUGAUGAUUAAACAAGAACCCAGAGAUUUUGCAUAUGAUUCAGAAGUGCCUAGCUGCCACUCCAUUUAUAUGAGGCAAGAAGGCUUCCUGGCUCAUCCCAGCAGAACAGAAGGCUGUAUGUUUGAAAAAGGCCCCAGACAGUUUUAUGAUGACACCUGUGUUGUCCCAGAGAAAUUUGAUGGAGACAUCAAACAAGAGCCAGGAAUGUACCGGGAAGGACCCACAUACCAACGACGGGGUUCACUUCAGCUCUGGCAAUUCUUGGUAGCUCUCCUGGACGACCCUUCAAAUUCUCAUUUUAUCGCCUGGACUGGUCGAGGCAUGGAAUUUAAACUGAUUGAGCCUGAAGAGGUGGCCCGGCGCUGGGGUAUUCAGAAAAACAGGCCAGCUAUGAACUAUGAUAAACUUAGUCGUUCACUCCGCUAUUAUUAUGAGAAAGGAAUCAUGCAAAAGGUGGCUGGAGAGAGAUAUGUCUACAAAUUUGUGUGUGAUCCAGAAGCCCUUUUCUCUAUGGCCUUUCCAGAUAAUCAGCGCCCACUGCUGAAGACUGACAUGGAACGUCACAUCAAUGAAGAGGACACGGUACCUCUAUCCCACUUUGAUGAGAGCAUGGCAUACAUGCCAGAAGGGGGCUGUUGCAAUCCCCACCCCUACAAUGAAGGCUACGUGUAUUAACUAACACCCAGUAACAGUUGAGCAGGGCCUCCUUGUGCUUCUCCUCUGUUUGCAAGUUGCAGAGAAUCUCUGAAUUCUCUUCAAUCUUCAUUUUAUUUUUGUUGUUUGUAUUUUAUUUUUUAACUAAUAAUACUCAAAUGGGGGCUUUUCCUGUUGCAUUAUUCUAUGCUCUGCCAUGGACUGUGCACUUUAUUUGAGGGCGGGUGGGAAUAAUCUAAACAUUUAUUCUAUGUAACAGGAAAAUUAUGGGUGAGUGGGAGGUGGGAUAUGGGGAUUACUUUUUACUUAGAUUUGGGAUGGGGUCCUACAAAUUUUAAGUAUAAUGGACCAAUAUCAUGUUUCCUUGAUUUCCUAAAAGCAUAAGGAAAUGUUCACUUUCUCUGGAUAUCUAUGGUACACUUAAUUUUCAUUAUGUAAAUAUCAAGACUGUUUGCCCUGGGCAUUUCUCUUAGCUUUUUCAAGUCUCUUCAUGGUGUACAAAAAAAAAAAAAAUUACUACUGUAAAUGGCAGUUUAAUUACUAGAAAUUGACUGUUUUGCACCCGCCUCUUGUAAAAAGGUAUUUAGAGGUUGCAUUUGCUGUUUACUGUUUGUUUUUCCACUUUAUAUAUGACUCAUAGAGGAUAACCGUAUAAUGGGUAAUCCUCUCUGAAGUUUAAUAAUCACCAUGACUGUAAGUGAAGGGCACAAUUUUGGACUCUGGCUCCAACUGAGUCACAGGCCAGUAGCAUUACAUGUACCUGGUGACACUUUGCCAUUUAGAUACAAACCAUACUGUCUUUCAAAUAUUUUGAGGCCCAUUUCAGUUUAAGAAUGAUAUGUCAUGGUCCUUUGAGAUCUUCAUCUAAAUGUUAAAUCUGGAUUCACAGUGAAGGGGAAAAAAAAAAAGUAAUACUUCUCUUUUCAUUUCCUCCAGUACAUACAACUUAAUCGAGAGUUAAUUAUACUAAAUCACAUAUUAUGCUGUCCUAGAUACAGCAGGCACUCCUUAAGGAAAAUAUCCAAUACACUAAAUAGGUACUCUAGUAAUUUUUAAACAUGAUGCCCAUUGAUAUGCAUUUAAACCUUUUACUGCUGUGUUAUGUUGAUAACAUAUAUAUAAAUAUUAGAUAAUGCUAAUGCUUCCGCUGCUGUCUUUUCUGUAAUAUUCUCUUUCAUGCUGAAUUUACUAUGACCAUUUAUAAGCAAUGCAGUUAACUACAGAUAGCAUUUCAGGACAAAGUAGAUGACUCAAACCAUUUAUUGCUUAAAAAAUAACUUAUUCCAUGCUAUGCUAUAAGGAGCUUUUAUGCACAUUGACAAAUAAAGAGUAAACUUCAGCUUGCUAAGGGAGACUGGAGACUUUUGUAAUUUUUGGUGAAAUGGAAAAUUAUUCACAAACUGGCAAAAAUAUGAGGAAGUUGCUUUGUGACAUAGUGUUGGCACUGAUAUUAUCCAUCAUCUUUUUUUGGACACUCAUGUAAAUGUGAUUGGAUUGUUUGAAAGACUUAAAGAUUGAAAGUUUCAGAAGUUUUAUUUUUGUUUUGUAUUUGGGUAAAAUAUUGAAAGUAGGAUAUGUUAUUCCAUUCACCUCUUAUAAACCAUAAUUAAAUGGUGUUAUAGAAUCUUAAGAGUUUGCUAAAUGAUUUAAUCUAAAAGCCUGAAUUUUGUUCAAACAAUAUUUCAAGGAAAUGCUAUUUUUAGGGUGUAUAUCAAAAUGGGGGAAAAACACACCUGAUUUUGAAGCUAAAUUCAACAGAUAAAAAUAUUUCAUAAUGGGCACAGAAAGGAUUUUUGAAAGGUGAUCUCUUAACUACCCAUUUCCCAAUAAAACACAUCACAGUGUAUUUCUCAAUUCACAUAUAAUCCUACCAAGUUCUAAUUUCAAUGUGUGUUUAACCAGUGAUAUCAGUGAUUGUUCUACAUGCCCAUUAUCUAUCGUUAGGCCCACUAUGGGCUACUAAGUAUGCCUUAAAAGUCACAGUUUUCUUUUUUCCACUAUGUCCAUGUGGUCGUCUACAACAUUUAUAACAAAAACUGAUGUUAAAAUAUCAAACAAAAGUUUUAUCAGAAAAGUAAUCAGCAUAUUUAGAGAAAUUUAAAGUGGAUCUUUAAAAUUUGAUCUAAUUUAAAACUGUAUUGAGAGUUAUUUUUUUCCUUUCUUUCAUUUUCUUUCCUUAUUCUCCUUUUAGUUUUCAAGUAGAAAAGAAUUAGGCCAUGGAUUAUCUUAAGGGAUCAAAGAUGAACUGUCAAAGGUAUUAACAAUUUGAUAUUUAUGGUCAAACUAUAUAUUUUACUUUUGGAAGUACUGACUUGCUGAAUUAAAUAAGUGAUUGACCAACAUUAGGGAUAUUUCCAAUAAAGAAGAAUUCAAAACAUUGCCUUAUAAACUACUUUGAAAAUGUAUCUAAAAUUUUUAAAUUUUGUUUUUAUUCUACUUUUUGUUUGAUUGUGCUUUUUAUUAAUUUCAGAUAGAUUAAUAAAUCUGGCAGCUGAUUUCUGCAAGA